UCUGGGCACUCCGGUUUCCUCCCACAUCCCCAAAACAUGCAUGGUAGGUUAAGUGAAGACUCUAAAUUGCCCGUAGCUGUGAAUGUUGCACCUGCGAUUGGCUGGCGACCAGUUCAGAGUAUGUGUGCAUAAAUAUUGUCUGACUGAGUGUGUGUUUUUGUGUGUUGACAUUGAUUUGCAGGGACCCAACGACAAUAAAUACACAUCACUGACCGUGUGGCAAUAUCAGUGUGUUAUUUAUCCACCAACAUUCAUCAUGACUGGGAGAGUGCUUCUGUUGGGACUUCUGCUCAUCUGUGUGGUUGCAGACACAAAGGCAUCCCCAGUAAAGCCAUUCUGUCCUGACAUAAAUGGCCCAGUUAUGUGCACCAUGAACUACGACCCUGUAUGUGGUACUGAUGGAAAGACAUAUCCCAACGAGUGUGCUCUCUGUGACCGCAGACAGAUCACAGGUUUGGACAUUAGGAAGGCUCACCAUAGAGCGUGCUGACCUGUCCAGCAAGUGGAUACCAGUGGUGGAAAUGUUUCAAUCACAAUAAUAAUCAUCAAUAAUAAAUCUAAAAUGAUU